AUGAUCGCUACCUCGCUUCGUCAGCAAGUCCGGAGGAAGGACGUCUUCAUCAGCAUGACCAAGUUCGCCUUCAGCGUCUCCCCAGACUCCUGCGGUGCUGCGGCCUCCCAGGCCUCCAUGCACUGCCUGGUCAAGGUAGAGUCAGACGGCUCCGACUGCCUCAAGAACAUCCUCGACGCCAAGCGCAAAGACCCCGUUCCCCACGACGGCCAGGUCGGGAGCUCGAGAGCGGCCCAGGGGCAUCUCAAGACGGUGACAUCGGCAGGGUCGUCGACGCUCCGCAUCGCGAGUGAGUGA